AUGUUACGAAAUCACCAGAUUUCGAAAUACAUGUGAGUCAUCAUGACAAAUCGUAAAGUAACCAAUAAGCGCAGUACACGCCAACGCUAUUUCGAAAUACAUUUCGAAAUAGUCGUGCAAACUCCGCCUACUUUCUAGUACUAUAAAAGUACAACCUUUGUACACCUAUUCAGCCAGCAAUACGACCCGCUGCUCCUGGUACCAGCACUACUCUUUAUUACUCUUAUUCUCUAUAUAAUUUGUAUUACUCUGUUAAAUAAAUUGCUACCCUGACUUCUACUGUACCUCGUAUAACUUUACUAUUGGAACCCCUUCACGUCACAAAUUCCGUAACCACGGACGGUCACAACAUCUUCUCUGUCCAAGUCGGUUACCGGUAUGUAAUCCUUGCCAUAUCUGUAGCCUUUAAUCAAAUUUCGCUUUUCAAUUACACGGGCCGGGCUUGAAAAUUGGGCCCGGCCCGGCCCGUUGCUCAUGUCUGGUUCCGAGGUUUUUUAAGGAUAAAGAAAGUAAAAAUGCAACGAUUAAGCAUCUUUAUUAAAUAAAAAGGAAGGGGAAAUAAAUCAGAGGAAAAUCCUGUCAAAAAAAUUAAUGAAAAAUUUCCGCACGUAUAAUAUAAAACUGAUAUCUCUUGAUAACUCAAGUUCUACUUCAUAGAAUCAGACGUUCUUAGUAUCAAAUUAUUCCUUUUUUCCUCCUUAAUCGAACUGUUGCUACCGCUAUAGCUGCUCAUGUGCUCGUUGCAAAGUUAUGACGUAUUUUAGAGUUUGAAGAAGCGUAUUUUUAAUAUGAAUACCAAAUUUUUACUAAGCGCUCAAACUCAAAGAGAUUUUUUAAAUUAGGGAAUUGAAGUGUUGCUUUUUAAUUGUUAUUAAACACUUUUGUGAUAUCUGCACUUUAACAUGUCGAAAAAAUACGGGGCACGUCAAGAAAAAACGAUUUUGCUUUUGCGUCUUGAACAGAUUUUUGGCGUUUCUCAAAUAGCGGAAAAAUAUUUUUUCUUCUGCUUUUCUUUUUUCGAAAAUGCCUUUCGGGUUUAUUAUUAAUUUAGUUUCGAGGUUUUUUAAGGAUAAAGAAGAUAAAAAAUGCAACGAUUAAGCAUCCAUAUUUUAAUAAAUAAAAAAGAAGGUAAAAUAAUUUUCUGAGGAAUAUCCCACCAAAAAAUUAAUGAAAAAUUUUCUUAUGACGUAUUUUAGAGUUUGGAAAAACGUAUUUUUAAUAUGUAUACCAAAUUUUUAUUAAGCGCUCAAACACAAAGAGAUUUUUUAAAUUAGGGAACUGAAGUGUUGCUUUUUAAUUGUUAUUAAACACUUUUGUGAUAUCUGUAAUUUAACACGUCGAAAAAACAUCGCGAAGUUAACAUACUAUUAGUUCCUCCUUGUUGCGGAAUGCCAAGCGAUUUUCUCUGGAUAAUUGUUUUUCUUUUAUUUUUUCUUGACGUGCGGGGGAAUCUGCACGGCGCAGUGGAAUAAAAAGGGGCGCGAUUUUCCCAGGGGCUGUGCACCGGGCAAAGAGACAUUCUUUUCGGGAAAGACUGAUAUUAAAUUAGUCAACAUUUUAACAUAAUAGGGAAAUUUUUAAGACAGCGGCCGAAGAGGAACACAGCUCUGGAGCAUCACUCGCCUCUGAAUCUUCGGACGCGAAGGCUGCUACAGGAUCCAACAGUCAUAUUAAGUUUGACUCACAUCGACUGGAAGAUAAAAAGCUCUGGCACAGAAACAAUGCCAAGAAGACGGAACCUCAGACAAGUGGGAGCUCGGUAAAGGAGACAUGUUAUACGAUAAAACAUGUCUAAUAGUAUCACAUGUCUAUAUCAAUAUUUUUUUUGUUUUUAGCACAGCUCGGUCACUAAAAAAUCGUCAACAAAAUCAGAAGUGGGAAAAGAGAAGGAACAACCAAAAAGCGAAGAGUACUUUAUGGUACCCGGCUACGAAGUGCGCUCCGAGUACGUACUGAAGAAGUCGGUCGACAAAUCAAAACUCAAAAAAUCGACCGAUGGUUCGUCGAAGGAAGUCAAAUCCAGCUAUUUUGGAUAUAAAUAA